ACAGGACUGCUUCCGUUGCUGAAGUCGAUUCAGCAGCCUACGCAUAUCAAGGAAUUUGCGGGCCAAGUUGUUGGAGUCGAUGGCUACGUCUGGCUUCAUCGAGGCGCCAUUGCGUGCGCGGUUGACCUCGCGCUCGGAAGGCCUACACGCAAAUAUGUGGAUUAUGCAAUGCACCGCGUGCAUAUGUUACAGCAUUAUGGCGUGAAGCCGUACCUUGUCUUCGAUGGUGCCAAUCUCCCAAGCAAGCGACACACAGAGAUUGAGCGGAAGAAAUCGCGUGACGAGGCUAGACAAGAGGUUAUGAAGCUGUUUCGUGCAGGGCGCUCGUCUGAGGCCUAUCAGUGUUGUCAGAAAGCGAUAGACAUCACACCCACAAUGGCGUCUCUAUUCAUCAGAUCCCUGGAGAAAGAAAGCAUCCCCUAUGUGGUAGCACCUUACGAAGCCGACGCGCAACUCGCCUAUCUAGAGAAAAAGAACAUCAUAUCCGCCGUGGUCUCUGAGGACUCUGACCUCCUGGUCUUUGGAGUUCGCUGUCUUUUGACAAAGCUGAACGAAUACGGCGAUUGUAUCGCUAUAAAGCGGUCAAAGCUUGGAGAGUGCAAAGAUCUCGACCUGUCGUCGUUUGACGAUACGCUAUUUCGACAUAUGGCCAUCCUUUCAGGAUGUGAUUAUACCCCCGGAAUACCCAACGUCGGACUCAAAAAGUCUCACAUGUAUCUCAAAAGAUACAAAAACGCGGAGCGUGCCAUGCAGUUCAUGGCUUUGGACGGGAAGAUUAAUAUCCCGAUGGGCUUCCGCAGCGAGUUUGAGCGCGCAGAUAUAACAUUCAAGCAUCAGCGUGUUUACGAUCCGAUUGAGGAGAAAGUUGUCAUGUGGACAAAACCAGUUGGCUAUGAACUGCCUGCUGAGCUUGACCAUGCAGUUGGCCCGUAUGUCGUCCUCAUUUAA